AAUGGAGCAGCCUCUACGUAACUUUUUGAUUUUGUUGUCAUCUUUAACUUGCCGUGUUUUCCAGGGAGAAGAAUUAACCGAAUCAUGAGUUGUGUAACUAUAAAUACCUCAUGUCUUAUACAAGGAUUCACAGCAAUAAUACUUUCUCAUCAUAAAUAUUCCAAUACAUUUUAAUUACCAUAUCCAGCUAGAAAAAGGAAAAUGGCCUCGAUCACACCGAAUUGGAGGUUUAUUUUAGCUGUCGUGUUAGUAUUGCAAAUGUGGGCUUCUCAAGCCACUGCCCGCACACUGCCCAACGCAUCAAUGGUUGAAAGACACGAGCAAUGGAUGGUUCAAUAUGGCCGUACUUACAAAAAUGAUGCAGAGAAAGCCAAGAGAUACAAUAUUUUCAAGGACAAUGUGGAGUACAUUCAGUCCGUAAAUGAAGCUGAAACUCGGACUUACAAACUUGCUAUCAACAAAUUUGCUGAUUUAACAAAUGAAGAAUUUCAAGCAUCUCGAAAUGGAUACAAAAUGAGAUCUCUAUCAAAAUCAUCAUCUAAAGUUUCAUCAUUUAGGUACGCUAAUGUCAGUGCAGUUCCACCGAGCAUUGACUGGACAAAGAAGGGAGCUGUAACUCCUGUUAAGGAUCAGGGGCAAUGUGGAUGUUGCUGGGCAUUUUCAGCUGUUGCAGCCACAGAAGGAAUAAACCAACUCACAACGGGGAAUCUGGUUUCGUUAUCCGAACAAGAACUUGUGGAUUGUGACACAAGCGAAGAUCAGGGUUGCAACGGUGGUCUAAUGGACAAUGCAUUCGAGUUCAUUAUAAGUAAUAACGGACUCACAACUGAAUCCAAUUACCCGUACGAAGGAGUAGAUGGAACAUGCAACUCUAAGAAGGAAUCUUCUCAUGCGGCAAGGAUUACAGGGUAUGAGGAUGUUCCUUCAAAUAGUGAGUCAGCACUGCUCAAGGCUGUGGCUAACCAACCAAUAUCUGUUGCAAUUGAUGCUAGUGGAUCUGAUUUUCAGUUCUACUCUGGUGGAGUAUUUACUGGACAAUGUGGAACUGAACUUGACCAUGGUGUGACUGCGGUUGGUUAUGGAGUGACUAGUGAUGGAACGAAGUAUUGGUUGGUUAAGAACUCGUGGGGAACUAGUUGGGGUGAAAAUGGAUAUAUUAGAAUGCAAAGGGAUAUCGAUGCUGCUGAAGGUCUCUGUGGCAUUGCCAUGCAAGCUUCCUAUCCUACUGCCUAAAAUGUGUAAAAACUUAAGAUGGUCAUAUACAAGUAUCCCAAGAAGUAGUGUUUCAUGUCCAUAUUAUGUGAAUAUAUGUGUAAACUAAUUUGCUGUAAGAAUUUUAUGUAAAGCUUGAAAUCAAACGAACUUCCAAUUUCACCA